UAAUGACAUAUUUUAAAUUUUGUCCGUAAUUAUUGUAACUUUUUCAUUCAAUUGCAAACAAGUCGCUUUUAAGUUUAUCAGUGUGAUGUUUUUGUUUUUACUGAACACAUUACAUCUUGUUAUUAAGCUAUGGUUUUUAAGUUUCUUUUGAUUUAGUGGUGUAUAACAAUAAUAAUAAUUAUUAUUAACCUUUAUUUUAAAUAACUUAUUAUAUUUUGUAUGAAAUUAUGGUUUUAAUUGAUUUUACUGUAUUAUUCUAAUAUAACUCGUUGUUGAUGCAUCUUAUAAUAUGAUUUAAUUAAUAUAAUCUUGUGUUUCUAGUUGUAAAUAGUUAUUUGCUUGUAGAUGUCUAAUAAGUUGUUGGAAGUUUGGACUCUAGACGGUUCGGUAAAAGCAGCUGUGGUAUGCAGUAAUUUGGCUGAAAAAACUAAAGCUGCCCAAAAGCUUGGUUUUGAUAUCACUUUGUUCAAAACGGUUGAUGGUACAGAUAUUGAUGAUGAUGAUGAAAUUGUGCAAUGUUUAAAUCCCGGUGCAAUAGUCUAUGCUUUAAAUGCUGAUGAAGCUAUCAGAAGCUUGGCAACAUUAUCUAUAAUACCCGGCACACCAGACAACACAUUUGAACCAUUGCAGACUUCUACACCAGAAACCAGCAUGACUAGCUUAACUUCAGCUGCAGAUGUGCAUCACAUGGAAGACAUGGACGAGGAACAGCCAAGCACGAGCAAGAAAGUUGUACGUAAACGACCAAGGGACGUGCCUGUUAUUGUGAUUUCAAGUAAUAACGACGUUUCAAUUAUUGUGGCAUUAAAGAAGCAUCCACAAGAAAAGUGGGUAGUUAAAGAGGGUAACAAAGCCGUGAAGCUCGUUUGGCAAUGGUCAAGGCAUUAUCCACCAACAGAAAAGAAAGUGCUGAUGGCAAAAAGCAUAAUAGAAGCUUUUCCUAACUAUAAAUCAAGUUUCGGCGAAGGAUAUGAACAUUAUUACUCAUCAGAUGGGACAGGUUUUAUACAAAACCGGUUUAGGCAGAUUCAACGCCAACUACCUGAGCAGCAACGAAAAUAUCGCCAAAGAUACAAACUAUAUGCAACGAGUCAAAACACGAUGCUAUGUUUGCUGGACAUGCUACCUAUCAUGGGAAAGCAUCGGACAUCAGCUAAAAAUGCCCGCCAAUAUUUCAUCAACGAGAUAAAAAUCGGUGAUAGUUUGGAAGCAUACUUGGAAUCUUGCCAUCAAGAGAACAAAAGGUUUCAGCCGUACAUUUUAAAAAUGGUUGCUACUGAGGAAGCAUCCUAUUACAUUAUUUGUGAUAGUCGUGCCUUGUUAGUGAAGCCAUCGAAAGCGGCCAAUGCUCUUUCAGAUUUAUUUUCAACGUUUUUUUGUUUUUAAUGUCAGAUAUCCAUUUCAGCUUAUGUCAUUUUAUAAUUUUCUUGAGGUAUAUAUGUUUGAAAUGAAAAGCAAAAUCUCUGCCAAAGCAACUACGUUGCUUAAAGAUUUGUCUAUAUCAUAAAAAUUGCUUAGUUUUUUUAUCACAAGGUUUAAGCACGGUGUCAUAAUCACUUUAAUUUUAUGAAAUUCAAAAAAUUAUUGCAAUUAGGUGAUAUGAGUCAUAGCAGGAGUUCGUUAAUGCACUCCUGGUCAUUAAUAGGCUAAUAUAGAAAAGAUGUUACAUAGCUCUUAUUGAUAACUUAGUAAAAGGUGUAAUGAUAAAUGGUGUAAUGCAGUUAGAGAACUCUAGUCAAUAUAACACCAGGUGCUAACUGUCAUUUUUUGAGUUACUGAGUAAUUCAUUUUGACUGUUGUGUUUGAAUUCAUAGCGUGCAAUAAUAUAUAGUUCCUUUCAAUGUGCUUAUAUUUUAUACUCAGUGAAAGAUGUAAUGAUAAAGAUGUAAUGCAGUUAGACAAUGUCUAGUCAAAAUGACAAUUGGUGCUAACUGUCAUUUUUUUAAAUUACUGAGUAAUUCAUUUUUGGUGUUUCUUGUACAUUGUUGCAUUUGAAUUCAUAUCGUGCUUUCAAUGUGCUUAAUAAUUUGUUAUUGACAUGUUUAUGCAUAUUAAGAUGAGGCAGUGUUUAGCAAUAAUG